CACAAAUCCGAUCUUGGCAUGCUAUCUAAUGCGUAUUACGUAUGUUACUACUAUACUUGUAAAUCCUACAUGUGAAACAGCAAGGGAGGUACUUGGGGCUUUGGUAGAUCUACCAUACUAGAGAUAAGUACUCAAUCUAAAGAACGCUCUUUCCCCACAUCCCACCCGUCGCAGUUCAGGUCGUACUUGUCACCUCGAAUCAAACCACCGACUGGAUUCACCAACUGCAUGUGGAUUCAAACUUACCUGCCUAGUACCUACUUCCUUACUAACCACCAUACAACAACUCUCUUCCUCCUUCACUUUCCCUUUCCCCUUCCGCGCCCGUUGUCCGACGAAGUAACGCAUCACAACACGACGCAAGCCGCAACCGACCCCCCUCCCCGAAUAUCCUCAUACCCACUCAUAACAUACUCAUAACAUCGGAUUCAUACUCCCCGCGGCGCCAAUCGCUUAUUGUCGAUCAAGAAGAAGAAGAAACACUGCAAGUUAAUCAAGAAAAUGUCUGGCCUAUGUAUGGUUUCUGUAAAGUAGGACGAUGAUAAUAUGCGAUAUCAACUUUCAAUGAGUGGCGCUAGUUAGGGCCGUCCCUCAUACAACUUGUACAAAGAAUCCAGUCGAUUCCUCUCUAUCGGCUUAGUUUCGUCUACCACCUUCUGUCCCGUCUGUCCCGUCUUUAACCUUCCUCUCCCACAACGGCUGGCCCAUCGUGUGAAAGUCCGCAACCGCCUGAAAAUGGCGAUAUCGACCAUCUCCAAUAUCGCCAGUAUGGCGUACUUUAUUCUUGGCCUUGCCUCUAUUCUUUCCGUCGCAUCCGCCGAAGAUGCCACCACGAGUACUGUACAGGGCAACUUACCUGACUAUCUGCAGCAAUCCGCCAUGUCACUUUCUCUGGACAGUGAUGUUGCUCCAGUCCAUGUCGAUUAUAGAAUUGCACCUUUGACGGCCGAAACUGGACUCAAUCAGACCAAUGGGGGUGACCUGAGUAGUGUUCGUAUGCGAGCAGACAUGGUGAUUGUUGACCAAACCAACUAUAACGAGAUCAGCCUAGAGGAUAAUAUUGCCUACAUUACUUGCGACUCUACUACCGAUAAUACCUACAUCACUCCCAGCGACGUGCUCAAUUCUGUUAUGAACAGAAAACCAAGUCCAAGGGCAAUUUUGCUUUUUAGCACUGCAGGAACCUAUUGUUCACUUGUGGGAUCCGACCUGGCGUUCAGAGAGAUUUGGACCAUGACCAAUCCAGACGAAGCUGGGGAAACCAGGAACCUGACUUUGGCCGGUGGGGUUCGUGUCAUAAUUCCGACAGAAGGCACUGAUGCAAUGAACGGCACUCGAUCUCAAGGCGGGAGUAGUUCGGCCGUGGCUAUGAGCAUCUUAUAUAGUAUCACGGGUCUAAUCACUCUGCUUUUCCUCCUCAUCAUUGCUACCGGUGCAAUUCGGGCACAUCGCCAUCCUGAACGAUACGGUCCUAGAGCCGGUUUCGGCGGAAGACCAAGACAGAGUCGGGCCAGAGGUCUCGCACGAGCUGUUCUUGAGACGCUUCCCAUCGUCAAAUUUGGAGAUCCUGAUCCUCGGCCAACGGCUAAACCGGACCCGGAGAAUGAGCUGGAUAGUAUAUCGGGGGACAGACAGCCCAUAAAAUCUCUGACGCAGCCUGACUUGACACCGGCUAGCAUCGGACAAGGCGAGAACCCUCAAAAUUCUGCUACCCCUGAUGCUGCUGUAGCUGCUGUUGCAUCGGAUAAUAAUAAUGGGAACAACGAACCAGUGGAGGAUAACAAUCUUGGUUGUUCUAUCUGCACAGAGGACUUCAGUGUCGGACAGGAUGUGAGAGUCCUCCCUUGCAACCACAAAUAUCAUCCACAAUGUGUCGAUCCAUGGCUAGUCAAUGUGUCUGGCACCUGUCCUUUAUGUCGACUUGAUCUUCGUCCUCGGGAGGAGGAGGAGGCACCAAAUGAUGACGGUACAGAUAUGUACGAAAUCGCUCCACAGGAAGCGGCUGGUGGUCAUACCAGCGGUCAACUUGCUCCUCCGCAUGGGGAUGAAGUAGAGAUGGCACAGAGACGACGACUAUCGCGUCUUCUAGAUUGGAACAGGCUUAGACACGCCUCCGUUGAUGAGCGUAUUCAGGCUCUUCGACAGUAUCGGCAAACCCAACAAGGACAAGCGGACGCUUCAGUCGAUGACCAAAGACGACAUGCUAAAUUGUCGGACCGACUACGAGAGAAAUUCCACGUCCGGACAAGAGCUCACCCGCCUAGUGAGCCGCCAUCUACCAACUGAUUGUGGGUUCCGGCAACGCCUAGUUUGAGUAUAUGUACACGCUGAUAGGUUGGGUUUGUAGAAGCCAUCAGUUACUAAAUGGGUGACGAAUAAUGCGUUCGGUGGCUAAAUACGGACAUGAGAUAAUGGUUUUGAAGUGGACGGGUCAAAUGCUAUGCCUGAAAUAGAACGGCGUCGGAUGUUAUUAGGGAAUGUGUUUAGGGUGUCAUGGAAAGGAAUCGCAUUGGUUGGCGUUAAUGUGUGCGAGGCUAUCUGGUUUUUGGGCCAUCGGGGUCUCGAGGUUCAGCUGGCGUUAGGCAGGACACACGGUGGCAAGCUUUAUUACAGUCAUUAGGGCAAACCAUCCCAUAUCAUGCAGUCGGAAUAAUGAGAUAGAUAUUGAAAUGGGUCACACUUGUUUUCCCCAAUCUUGUUGCAUCAAAUUGGUGACAUUGGGAUGGUGUGAGGAUGAGUCGCGAUAGGCCGAGAGGACUUGGUGUGUGAAGAUCAGAUGUAUAGAAUAAUGAUGAGUACAAUUUAAGCAUAACUACUAUGCCUACUUGGUGUAGAUGAAGUUAAUAUUUAUACUACAACUACAACUACAACUACAACUACAACUACAACUACAACUAC